CCCCACUGAAAUUGUAACUGGAAACUUGCUAAACCUCUGACCUCUCGCCGCUCUUUCGAUAAACCCUAAUCCCCUCUUGAGCGCAGCGCCCACGCGAGGGGGCGGCUCAGGUGAUCUUUUGCGUCGGCCUUUGCUCCUCUCGGUCGUUUGCCACCCAUGGAUUUGCAGCAGAACGAUUUCGAUCGGCUCCUCUUCUUCGAGCACGCCCGCAAGACCGCGGAGGCGGCCUAUGCCAGUAACCCCCUCGAUGCCGAUAAUCUCACGAGGUGGGGAGGAGCGCUUCUUGAGCUGUCCUCGUUUCAGAGCGGUGACGACUCCAUAAAGAUGGUAAAAGAUGCUAUAUCAAAACUGGAGGCAGCCUUAGAGGUGAAUCCGAGCAAGCAUGACACUCUGUGGUGCUUGGGAAACGCCCAUACUUCUCAUGCAUUCUUCACACAGGAUCGCGAGACAGCUAUGGGUUAUUUUGACAAGGCAACUCAAUGUUUCCAACAGGCUCUGGAGUUGUGACCUUAAGUACGACAUACUUGGCUGGGUAAUUCUUGCGGUUGGUAUCGUCGUAUGGGUUGGAUUGGCCAAAUCACAUGGUCCUCCCCCGCCUCCAAGGUAAAGAUGUCGGAUGUUUUUAUUCAUCUGCAAGGGGAAGAUUCUACCAUACUAAUUGAUCAUGAAGUGAACAUGAAGGCAGUGUUAAUGUGAUUGUUGGAGAAUACUAAUGGGUGCAGCUUUCUAGUUUGCUGCUCCCUUGUGGCAAAAAUCAUCUCAAGUCCAAUUCAUCAUUUGCUUUAGUAGGCGCAUUUGUCUUGUUUUUUUCAUAUUGAUGAAGAGAGGUUUCUAUUUGCAAUAUGCCGGAAGUUUGGCAUUUCUGAGUAAUCUCAAUACAGCAGACUGACAAUGCUGGUGAAACAGUAGUGGCCAUGAACUUGGCUUUUCGGGACAACUAUUGCUUACCCUAAGUUGAUAAAUGCUUCCAAAA